AUGAAAGCAGUCACGUUGCUCCUCAGGGCCGCCCUUCUCGCAGUGGCCUGCAGCCUGAGGACGCCCGACGUGAGGGGCGGGAGCGGAGAGAUGAUUCCGAGGGCGCACCCAAAGCAUAUCCUCACUGAGGGGAGGAGAAGGGGAAGAGGAAGGAGAGGAAAACUAACCUACACGAACAUAAACUUCCACAACAUAGAUAAGAAUGUAAAAAAUGAAAUUUUAAAAAAAAAAGAUUUCAACUACAACGAGACGAUAGGAGAAAAGCUGAGGAAGCUGAAGAGGCUGAAGAACGUGCUGAACAGGUACUCCUUGCGGAUUGACAAAGAGGAUUUGGAAAGCUUAAGGAAGAGGACGAGGGAUCUGGUGAAGACCAAAUUUGACUUUGCCAGAAGUUACUACGUACAUGUGUAUAAUAAGUUGAAGGGGGACUCAGGGGUAGUCUUUCAUAAGUUAAAACGAGGCUAUAACGUUUGCUACGACUACCUUGGGAGUAGCCACAUCAUCAGCUCUCUACACCAUUGCUAUCUGAGCCUACCCUUCCUGAGCAAAUCGAGCUCCCUACCAAAACUGGUUAAUUACAAUGCGGUGAACGUUCUAUUCAUCCUGUUUACGCUCCUCUAUUUUAAGAGCGAUUUAAUUUAUAGCCUUUUUAAAAAGAAAUAUGCUUUCAUUGGAGAGUUCCGCAAUGUGAAGACGGACCGACUUGUGAAGAUGCACACGCUGUCUACCUUAGCUUUUUUCUUUUACAAAUUUUUUGUGUUGCGGUUGUUCUUCGUUUUGAAUUCCUACAGCUUUUUUUCUCGCAAGCUGUCCCUGCUGAACAACUUGGUGCACGUGCUUUUUUUUUCCUUCCUGUCCGUCUACCCCUACUUCCUCGUGCAGGCCAACUGGGGCAGCUUCCACUUGCUCGGCUCGCGCAGAAGCAAAAUCCUCGGGGGCGUGGUGCUCGCGCAGCUGCUCCUCAUCUACACGCGCCUCGUGUGCCAGAACAACUGGGCCUUCCUCAAGAAGUGGACGGACGAGCAGUUCUUCAACCGAGACGAAAUCAUCAGGGCGCUCAAGGACGACCAGAAAACCGACUUCUACGUCAGCCUCCUCAACCAGUAUAGCUUCCUCAAGAGGCUCUACCUGGGCAACAACAAAUUCUACGAGCUCCUGCUCCACCUGCACAGGUACAGGUACCUCCUCGAUGUCAUUUCUCCCAUCCACUCGCUCUUCUACAUUUACAUCGCGCACUCCGCCUACUACUACCUCAGCAAUUUGUCCUUCGCCGGCAUUUACAUUUCCUCCUUUUCGCUGGCGCUCUUCCUGCUGAACGUUUUGUCGAACAGAAUCGACAUGUACUUCCUGACGCGCGCGUAGGUUGUCGCGGCGCGGCGGUGCACAUGCACAAGCGUGAGCGCAAGUGCAGAAGCGCACAUGGAGAAGCGCA